CUCCGCUCUUCAACCGGCGACGGCGUCAACUCACAUACGUUACAUAAGCACCGCUCUCACUCGCGAUUACAUUUUAUUGAUGUCGCAAGAUCACGGCGAACGAAAAAAAAAACGUGUGCACUAUAAACGGAAUCAUGUCGACGACACUGGCACUACCGCAAAAGAAAUACUAUAGACAACGCGCACAUUCAAAUCCAAUAGCUGAUCAUUGCAUUGAAUAUCCCAUAAAACCAGAAUUAAUGGAUUGGAGUACCUUGUAUCCACAAUAUUUUUCCAAUAAUACUGAGGAGACACAGAAACGCGUAGAGUUUGCAGAUGUUGGUUGCGGCUAUGGAGGAUUACUAGUUGCUUUAUCACCAAUGUUUCCCAAUAAUCUAAUACUUGGUAUGGAAAUCAGAGUAAAAGUAUCAGAUUAUGUUAUGGAUCGCAUUGCUGCCUUACGUUCGCAAAACCCUGGUCAAUAUCAGAACAUUGCCUGCUUGAGGACGAAUGCCAUGAAAUAUCUGCCAAAUUAUUUCUUCAAAGGACAAUUAAAGAAGAUGUUUUUCCUGUAUCCAGACCCACAUUUCAAAAAAUCAAAACAUAAAUGGAGGAUAAUAAACAAGUCUUUAUUAGCAGAAUAUGCUUAUGUGUUAGCAGAAGGAGCGAUUGUAUACACUGUAACAGAUGUGAAAGAUUUGCAUCAAUGGAUAGUUCAGCACUUUCAAGAACAUCCAUUGUUUAAAGAAGUUGCUAAGGAGGAUUUGAUGACAGAUCCUAUAGUGGAAAAAUUAUAUGAAAGCACUGAGGAAGGUCAAAAAGUAAGCAGGAACAAAGGAAAUAAAUUUUUGGCUAUAUUUAAAAGGAUUGCAGAUACUUACAUUGCAACGAGCUAGCAGUGGCAGUUGUAUAUAACUGUAUACAUAUAUUAACAUAUCUGACUACCAUUAUAUGGCAAAAGAUAUUCUUGAUUGUUCGUCUUCAGUAUUUGCUGAUUUUGGUGUCACAUAAAAAUCUUCAUCGUGACAUAACAACUGUUUUUCUAAAACAAAUUGCAACGAUUAAAACAAUUAAGCAAUGUUUUCUUAAAAUAAAAUAUAAUAUUUCGAUA